AUGAUUGCGCGCGAGCUUUAUCAUACGCUCGCAGGUGAAGAAGAUCUUCAGGACUUCUCCCUCUCGAAGUACGUGAGGCUGCCAGGUGGAGCCGCUGCAGCCCAGAUCUGCAGCCGGCGCGCGAUGGAAUCGUCGCUGUCAUCAGCAUCAGCCAUGGCGGUGUCCCUGCUCUCUCUCGUGACGUUCGUCGCAUCAGAGGUCACCUCCGCCUUCAUCGUCCCGCUGGAUCUGCUGCAGGGCGACCGGAGCUUCACCAGCACCCAUCGGCAGGCUUUCCAGCAGGCAGGCGCGAAGCGCUCGCUGCACAGGCCGUAUUAUGGUGGGUCGUCGCGGUGCCCGUUUGUGAGGCUCUACGCCAGGCGGACCGGCCUUGGUGACGGAGAUGACUCUGCUCCGGAGGGGGAGGCCGAAAGCAAGCUGACGGCGGACGACUACCUGUUGCUGAGCAGCUUGAACGACCGCAUCUACGAGCUGGGGCUGGAGGCAUACGCCGCUGAGCACUCUGGGCGGUCACAAGACAGCGAUCCCGAGGCAGCGCUCGUGUCUUCUUCUUCUUCUUCUUCCUCCUCCUCUACUAUCCCCGAGGCAGCGGAGAUGGGCGACUUGGUCAGCUCUUCUUACUUCCCCUCCUCCAGCCGGCGCACCUACUACGACAGGUUUUGGCAGUCACGCAACCUCGACGGCGUCACGGCCAGCGACUUCUCCGACCUGCGCGCCUCAUCCGACGCGCGGGACUCCUUUCGCAUGAACCUCGUGGCGCGUGGGAUGCUCAUGUGGCUGAUGGUGCUCAACCAGUACCAUGAGAAGCGGAAGGCGCAGGACCCUUCGUAUGUGCCGCCACACGAGGCCCUUGAGGCCAGGGAGAGGGAGAUAGCCGACACGAGGCAGGCGGACAUCAGCUUCCUCAGGGAGGCGGAGCUCAAGCACGGCCGAACCGCUUUGGUGCUGCUGUUCGGGUACCUCUUCCACAUGGCCACCCACACACUGCCGAUGGGCGCCAAUGUGUUCUCUCUGUUCGCCUCGAAGUGGCUGCCGAUGCCCGGGGCGGUCGGGCGGUUCCUGCAGCUGUUCCUCAUCCCAGCCUAUGUGGAGCUGGCCUCCAUGUCUGCGGUGGGGAAGCGGCUGAGCGACUGGCUCAACAAGAAGGCCUGGGGGGACCUGGAGAAACACAUGACCACUCUGCGGUCGGCGUCGGAGGCUCUCUCAAAUAUGAGGGUGUCGGAGCUCAUUCACGGCAGGUCGGUGCCAACAUGGACAGGGAAAGGCAGAGAGAGAGAGAGAGAGAGAGAGAGAGAAGGUGCAGGCAGUUCUCAUUCUCAUGUGUGUGGUGUGGUGUGGUGUGAUUCAGGUCAGCGAUGGUGGUGGUGUCGUUGCUGGUGUUGUGGCAAGCGACGCACUCGCCCGAGUUCGUGGCCGCCAUACAGUCGGCAACCGUCGCCACGGCUGACCCCACAUCCGCUUGCUGACCAUGCCCCCUCCCCCCUCCGUUGCUUUUGCCUCCCCUCUCCUUGUCUGUCUGCCUGUCUCUCUGUCUGCUUACCUUGCCUGGCUUCUCCUCGCAGUUUUGGUUGGCCUUAUUGUCCGUGUUAUGUGCAGUCUCCAUCCAUCCCUUCACUCACGGUCUGUCUGUCUGUCUGCUUGCGUGUGUGUAUGGUAUGCGUCACCCAGUAUUUUUGAGGUGGCUGCUGGCUUGGCUUGCGGGACACACACACACACACGCACGCCAUGCCUGCAUCCCUAUGAUGCGCUGUGCGUGUUGCGUUGUGUUGCGUUGUGUGGUGUGGUGUGGUGUGGGGGAGGAUGAUUGAGCGGAGAGAGAAGGCAGUGGUGUGGUGUACAGGUGUGUGGGGUUGGUGUGGGCGGAGCGGAGAGGGCGGGGAGGGGAGGGAUUGAGGGGAAGGAAUCGAUCGCAGUGAUUGAGUCAGAGCGGGUGUGGGUGUGGGUGUGCGAUGCACACACACGUGUGUACCCUUCCCUUGCGACAAUAUGUGUGUGUCCAUGUCCGUGUCGAUGUCCGUGGAUGAGAUGAGUGUGUUAUGCUGCCUGUGGUCCGGUCCAACAGGAGAAGAAAUGAGCUGACUGUGAUGUCAGACAGCGUCGAGAGGGGGCCGGGGUGGAUGUGUGUGUAUGGGUGUGCACACAACUGGGACACAUUGGUCUGUCUGACGGCAGAGAGCGGCCGAGCACACGCGUGUGAACGUGAUGAGUGCGGCUCUUUUUCUGUGAGAGCAAGGCGAGCAAACGAAUUCAUCUUAGUAGCGAGCGGAGUGGAGUCAACAAGGGGAGGAAGGGGGAGGAAUGGUCUUCUGUGUCGGGUCUAGCUUAUCUUCCGUCUCCGUAUCCAGCUCCCCAGGCAGAGAGCGACAGCAUCUCUGUGUCUGCUCAGUUGGGUGUGGCUGUGGAAGACAGGCAAGAGCCAGCCAGACACGGACACUCACGUGAGGGUGGUGAGGGUGACCGAACACUCUGUGGUGUCUGAAUACACUCUCGCUGAAUCCGUCUUUGCGAC